AUGGCUCGAAGGCCUGAUCCGUGCGCAACUGCUGCGCGGCGGCUCGGUGGUGCUCACCAGCCACCAGGGUGUGGCGCUCGACGACACGCCGCACCAGGUGCUCAGCCUGUGAACACCCACGUGGCCACCCAACCCCUGCCUCCCGCCGCACCGCAGGGCUGGCUGGAAGGUUUUCGCUGUGUGUUCCAGCGCGACCUGCGCAUUGCCCUGCGCCGGCGCACCGACUCGCUGGCCGCGGUGGUGUUUUUCGUGAUGGUGGUCAGUUUGUUUCCGCUCGGUGUGGGCCCGGAGCCCGCGCUGCUGCGCACCAUGGCCCCGGGCGUGGUGUGGGUGGCGGCCCUGUUGGCCUGCACGCUGCCGCUGGCGCGGCUGUUUGCCGACGAUCUGCAGGACGGCACGCUCGAACAACUGCUGCUCUCGUCCCACCCGCUGCCUUUGCUGGUGCUGGGCAAGAUCGCCGCGCACUGGUGCGGCUCGGUGCUGCUGCUGGUGCUGGUCUCGCCGCUGCUGGCCCUGCAGUUCGACCUGUCGGCAUCAAGCACCGGCGUGCUCUUGCUCACCUUGCUCGUUGGCUCGCCCGUGCUGAGCCUGGUGGGCGCCAUCGGUGCGGCGCUCACGCUGGGCCUGCGCGGCGGCGGGGUGCUGAUGUCGUUGCUCACGCUGCCGCUGGUGAUCCCGGUGCUGAUCUUCGGCGCGGGCGCGGUGGAAGCGCACACCGCCGGGCUGGGCGUGGUGGGCACUUUUCGCUGCUCGGUGCCUUGCUGCUGCUGA